AUGGUGCACGUACUGAUGAGAGAGAAUCAGCGCUUGUUUCAUCCUGGCAGGGCGGUGGAUGUUACACCAUACAGGCCCACAGCUAAGGUGCUUGGUAAUGGGUGGAACAACUUCCUGCUGUGCCAUGUGUGGGAGGAGCCAGACCUCGGGGCAGUGCUAGUGACAGUUGCUGGAACCACUCAGCUUGAGCAAGGCUGCGACCAGUACAAAGUGAACCGCAGGGUCAAGAGCCUCACCAUCAGUCAGUGGGGUAAAGCAAGCCCAGGGAAGGGUACGCCGAGAGCUUCUGCCACUGUCUCCGUGCCAUAUACCCACUCACUAAAGAUCACCAGUACCCACCCGAAGCAGGCACUCAAUUCACUGUCACGAGGGGUUCAGGUCCACCUUCUUGGUGUAAGUGACGUGAAUGUCAGGAAAAGGAUAAAGCACAAGCCAAUGGACAUUAGCCUAAGGCAGAAUGGAAGCACAGGAAACAUUUCUCUGUGUUAUGAACAUCAUCCUAACUCGUGUCAGAAAUUCGUCUAUCCUCUGGUUGUGAGAGUUGUAGCUUAUUUUUCUAUUGGUGUAAUUGUCCUUCUUACAUUAGUAGGAAACAUUUUUGUAAUCAUAACCAUGACACAUUUCAAGCAGCUCCACACUCCAACUAACUAUCUCACUCUCUCUCUGGCUGUAGCUGAUCUGCUUGUAGGAGGACUUGUGAUGCCUCCCAGUAUGUUACGAUCUAUAGAGACUUGUUGGUAUUUUGGUAACUUAUUCUGGCGAUAUUAUGCUGUAUGUCAUCCCCUGCAGUAUCACUGUAAAAUGACUCCUUUCACUACUCUGUGCAUGAUUGCUGUUUGCUGGAGCUAUUCUGCUGCAGUGGGAAUCAUUGUUCUGGAGCUAAAUGCCUUUGGCAAUGAUUUCUUUAAUGAUGUUAUUUGUGAGGGGAUGUGUACAGUAGUUCUGGGGCCAGUGACGGGCUGGUCAGUUUCACUGUUCACUUUGUACAUGCCUACAAUUGUUAUGUUGAGCAUAUAUAUGAAAAUAUAUCUUGUGGCACAGAGACAGUCACAUUCAGUCCUCAAUACUCUGUCUCAACUAAGCACAUCUAGAGGACAGCCCACUAUUAGUAAGGCAGAGAAAAAAGCAACUAAAACUUUGGGAAUUGUUAUGGGAGUGUUUCUGCUGUUUUGGGCUCCACUCUCUAUUUACAGUCUCGUUGUGACAUACUUUGGUUAUAGUGGUCCACCACAACUAUUUGAUGUGUUUGGUUGGAUUGGUUAUUCAAAUUCAGCAUGUAACCCUAUGGUGUAUGCUUUCUUCUACAGAUGGUUUAGAAAGGCUCUUGUAGUUAUUUUAUUAGGCAAAAUAUUUAGGGGUAAUUCUUCAAGAUUACAGCUAAAUUCAGAGUAG